UUGUGUUGCCAAGAGACACAUCAUGCAAUAGCCAUGGCGCCGGCAAAAUGGCUGCUUGCGGCACUGGCAUUCUUUGCCUGCUGCGAGCAAGCAAGACUGUCUGCAUUCUGUGCAUCCCCGCCGCGACUUUUACCCGCUCCAAAACCUCGGACUGUCACCACAGCAGGUGCGUCUGCCGAGUUUGUGACGGACCGGAUCCCUGGCGUUGCCCUUGUCGCCUCACUGGCACUGCUGGCCAAGCGGAUCGCGGCGCAGAACUUGGCGGGGGGCAUUUUCAGCCCGCUCCUCUAUGCAACUCUCACAGGGCUUGUGGUGGGGAACACGGUCCUCAAGCGGGUGGGCUCUCAGAUGAAGUCCAACCUGAAGCCAGGCGUGAGCUUUGCCAAAGCUCGGCUGCUGCGGCUCGGGAUCAUCCUGUAUGGGUUCAAGGUCUCGGUGAUGCAGAUCCUGCAGCUAGGCCCAGGAAGUCUGGCAGCGGCGGCGGCGAUGACCUUCUCCACCUUGGCGCUGGGCGCCUGCCUGGGCCGCCUGCUGCAGGUGGACCGCUCCACCGCGCUGCUGGUCACCACCGGGGCCUCGAUCUGCGGGGUGUCCGCGGUGAUGGCGGCGGCCCCAGUGGUGGAGAAGGAGGGCGCCUCUGGCUCCAAGGUGUCCGUGGCCCUGGCCACGGUGAUGGUCUUCGGGAUCUGCUCCAUGUUCGUGUACCCCCUCAUGUGGCCUAAGCUCGCCUUCUCGGCCAAAGCCAUGGGCAUCUACACAGGCGCAACCGUGUACGAAGUUGCUGGGGUGGUUGCUGCCGGCAACGCGAUGUCACCGGCGGUGGCAUCUGCAGCCCUGCUGACCAAACUGGUGCGCGUCCUGCUCCUGGCGCCGUUCCUGCUGGUUUUGAGCAGGAUGUCGAAAGGCACGUCUUCGAAGGUUCAAACCCCCUGGUUCGCCUACGCCUUCUUCGGCGUUUGCGUCUUGUCUUCCUGGUUGCCGGUGCCGGCAUGGCUGGUUGCCAAAGCGAGCGCCAUCAGUACUUGGUGCACAGCAAUGGCCAUGGUAGGCCUUGGCCUCGAGAGCGACGUAAACAGCAUCCGGAACAUGGGAUGGCGGCCAAUGCUGCUUGCCAGCCUGCUCUUUGCAUACUUGGUGGUAGGCGGCUUUGCGGCGGUCGCUGGGAUCCUGCGGUUCUUGCCGGCGUGAGAUUCGUGGA